GAUAUGGCGCAGCAAAACAUAGGUUGAUAAUACCUCCAUUUCGUUGUAGUAUAAUGAUCAUAAUUUGAAAAAUCCGCACAAGGCCUCGAAGCUGCCCUUCUCUUCCUUCUCCUGACCCUUCCUACGGAGAACGAGGGAGAGAAGGGGAAGCCCCAAGAAUCCAAACCUUCUAGGGUUAGGGUUAGGGUUUCGUUUUUUAUUCUAUCCAACCCCAAAUUAGAUGGGAUUCCUUCGAUUUCUUUCCCUCCUCUUUGUCCUCUCCGCCAUCGCCUCCGCGGCCGCCUCCCAAGCGCUCCUCCGGAUGGUCUCUGAGGGCCCGUCUUCCGGCGACGGCGACGACCUUUACUGCGACAGCUGGCGGCUCUCCGCGGAGACCAACAACGCCGGGUACUGGAAGACGAUCCCGGCUGGAUGCCUUCAGUUCGUGGCGGAGUACAUGAACGGCGAUCGCUUUUUAUCGGACUCCGCCGUAGUCGCCGCCGAAUCUCUGGCCUUCGCCCAGGCCGUUCAGGUCGUCGGCGACGGGAAGGACAUCUGGAUCUUUGACGUCGAUGAGACGCUGCUCUCCAACCUCCCCUAUUAUGUCGUCAAUGGAUACGGGUCAGAGGAUUUCAACGAGACCGCAUUCGAUGAGUGGGUGAAUCUGGCAAAGGCACCGGCUUUGCCGGCGAGUUUGAGGCUGUAUGAGGAGCUCCUGGGUCUCGGAUUUCAGGUGGUCUUUCUGACCGGCCGGGUCGAGGCUCAAAGGAAUGCCACCGUGGAGAAUCUAUCGUUCGCAGGCUACCAUUCUUGGAAUAGGCUCAUUUUGAGAGUUAGGAUGAACUUGUGCUAUGAACUUCGGAGAAUUGAUUUGGAGCUUGAGCUAAUGGGUAGCGGACUAAUCAUUGUCAUAAAGGUGAUGGAAAAAGAACCUGGUUUAUAACUAUCCAAAUGUUAGCACAAAGCACAAUAAGUUAUAUUAUUGUCUUCUACAUGCAUUGUGUUGAGGUGCAUUUGUACAUAAUGUUGUGGAGGCUAAAAUUUGGUUCAUAACAAAUCUUUUUUUUUUUCUUUUUUGGUUCUCUGCCAGGCAGAUUUUCCAGUCGAUAUUAUGGUAUGUAUUUUGACAGUCAUUUGUUUAGAUUCUGAUGUUAUAAAUCUAAAUCUGCCUUCAAAAAUUUGUCAGCGAAAUGAAUAUUGAAAUAGGAGGUUGAAGAGUCAUCUAUGUGAUGAGAAUUGCUGUAACUUGCAAUGCCAGAAAUUAUUAAACUAUACAAAAAUAUAAAAGUUAUAAAAAUUUAGGAAAGCUAAGAAAAUGUUACUUAAUCCUCAAAACUCUCAAUAUUUUGACUAGAAGUCUUGGUAAUACUCAAAAUAUAUUCUAUAUUAAAUGUUAAACAAAAUCAUGUAAUGAAUCAUGUCUCACGAUCUCUAUCUCACCUAAUGCGUAUUCGAAAAAAGGCCUAAUAAUUUAAUUUUACUUAUUCAGAUUUUACAUAUGGCUGGAGUUGGUCCAGCUUGCUCAUUGAAAAUAAUAUACUCGGAGCCUUUAAAUGAUUAAAUCAAACAAUCUGUUUGGAAAAAUAUAUUUUUAUGAAAUAAUCUAUUUUUUUAAGCUGAUCUAGAUGACCCUUGGAGAUCCUAAAACAACUUAGAAAAUGAACUUGACUAUCUCUUACAUGUGUUACUUUGAGUCUCAUCUAGGCUCACCAAAUACGAUACAAUGCCUUUGUAGUUAGGAAAAAAGGAUCACCUCAUAAUGAUAGCCAGUUCUUGAACCAUAUUCCAACUCCUGUUUCCUUUGCGACUCCAUAAUGUA